AUGACCGCUUUUCUCCUCAUCUUUACCGUUCUCGUCAUUUUCCCGAAUCUCUCGGAAAAUUGUGCAAGUAACGGUGUCUGCGGUGGAUAUGACGGUUGUCCUCCAGCUCCACCUCCUUCAUCAUGUUCAUGUCCUGGUUCAUAUGGAUGUGGACGAUUUGGAUGUUAUCGAAUGGGAGCAAGAGACUGCAAGAGAAAACGGAAAGCGGAUCGGACAUUCUUAGCGAAAUAUCCGAGACGGCAGCCGCAAUUCAAAGAAGUUCACACGGGCAAUCAUUUGGCCGCGAUCACACAGAGUGCUGUGCUCGAAAUGGAGUCACCACAACGCUUGCCGGCUCAAAAUGUCUCCUCUUUUGUGAUCAAAAACCCGGCCGUGUCACUCCACUCGAUCUCACCUAUGUCCCAUGUUUCGAUCGUUUUGAGAGCA